UGCAGUUGUACGGGCGAAUACACCGAUGAUUUUUCCACUUUUAUUGCCUCCGAAUCGGCUUAGCUGAGGCAGUAUGCGUCCUUUCGUGUUGUGUACACUUAUCGGGGGUAUUUCUCUGCCUGUCGUAUUUUCAAAACUCAGCCUUCGAAAUGAUGAAAAGCAGACCGAGAAGGAAUUUAAGCAUCCGAAUGUUGAUUGUGAUUUAAGUCCAGCACAGCUACCAGUCACCAAAUUCUCCACUUCUAACCCCCAUCCCUAUCGGAGGACGUUGAUUUUCAUUCGUCAUGGGCAAUACAACGUGAAGGGACGCACACCGGAUGAGAAGACCCUUACGAGCCUUGGGUGGAUGCAAGCGUACGCCGCCGGACGUCGCUUGAAGCGCUUAGGGAUCAGAAUCGAUCGUCUUAUUCACUCAGAUAUGAUCCGUGCUCGUCAAUCUGCGGCGGCCCUUUUGGUCGGAUGGUGUGGUGAAUCGGAGCUGUUCCUCGACACGCCUCUUCUGACUAACUUGGCUUCUCCGACCCAAUCAUAUCUGAGUGGAGAUUAUUCUCUCCAGAAGCCAGCCUCACUGCCUGAAACGGCCAAAAUACCCGAUGAAUCUCUUGAGCAUUCCGCUUUUCUAACUGAUCCAUACAAGCCAUAUCCCGGCGCGGAUUUCGUUUGUCAGGAGUCUAGUUUCCUCUCAGAAGGUGCACCUCUUUUCCCUCCGGAACCACCUAACCGAUCGUCAGUUUCUCCAUCAACGCGGAAGCUGGAAGGUGCUCGUAUUGAACAAGGUUUUCGCAUCCACGUUGGUUGUCGUUUAGCGCCAAAUCCUGCAACCCAAUCCUCGGUAGUGCCGCUUCUGACCUGUAAUCCUUUAUCCACUCCUGAUCCGCGUGGAGCCGACUCCACAGAGACAGUUGUCUUUGUGGGACAUGCCAACGUUUUCCGAUUCUGGCUAUGUCGCGCUUUGAGACUACCGCCAGAGGCGUGGCUUCGGUUCCAGUUGCAACACGGAAGUAUCAGCACCAUUGAUAUUUACUGCCCCUCCGGUGCCGGUCAGGCUGAUUGCACUGUGUUGGCCGGACGCAUCGGUGAGACAGGUCACUUGCCAAAAUGGAUGCUGUCUCGUUGACUAUCUCUUUCCUAUUUUGUGCCACGUCCUAGUUUUCCGAAUUUAUGUUACCGUUUUUUUGUUUCGUAUCUUUGUUUUUUGUACAGUCAUGCAUUUUCAACCCUUCCUGCGUGCACAGCUUGUACACCAAAAUGCGCCUGGUCUGUCUCUCAUGACUUUGACAUCACCUCCUGUUCCGCAACCAUUAUUUCUGUACAUCUAAUAGCCUAAUCAAAACAGAUGGGG